UCAACCGAGCCGAGAUGGCGUUCAUGAUGCCAGUGGUUAAGAACGAGUGGGACAUCUACAAGACGAACCGUAGCAGGCGCUCCUCGGAGUGUUCUAAUCCCCAGGCCUGUCGCAGUAGAAAGAAAAAUGCGGUCUUGAUGCCGGACUGUAUGAUAAAACGUCUCGGAAUGCUCAAAGUCAGAGGGCCCGUCGCUGUCGACCUCCCCAGGCUCGGACUUCCUGACGUCACCGGCUCAUCGUUCGGUGCCACUGAGCAGCCGUCACUUUUCGCGCAACUCCUCGCGCGCCUCCCAGAGCUCGCUCCAGUCGCCGAUCAAAAGUACCGGAUCCUCGCCCCCAAAGACAGGAAGCUCCAAUUCCCUAAACAAGUUCCACAACCGGCUCGUAGACAAGCUGAAGCGGUCAUUAAGACGGGCCGAGGACAGUACCGACGACCAGCGCAACCUGUCGUGAAACAAUCAAGGGGUUUUGGGCCGACCGCCGCCGUACGGCUCGAAACCGAUCGACAUAAGACGCACCUCGGCACCCCAGACGCUCCUGACGCCACUCAGCGCCAGAGCCGUCACAUCUGUUGCUGCUACGGCCUCCUCAUCGCCCACCGUGAACAGCCCCCGCUGUCACAGUCAAGACCACCGCCUCCGCCAGAACCACCGCAAUAACGUUGACAACAAAAACAACAGCAACAACAAUCAGAAUCGUAACAACAACAAUAACAACAACAAUAACAUCGAUAACAAGUAUGACAAUAGCGACGACGACGACGAUGACGACGACGACGACGACGACGAUGAUGAUGAUGAUAAUGAUGAUGAUGGUGACGAGGAGGAGGAGGAGGAAGACGAUGCCGAUGACGAUGACGACGUCGUGGUGUCCCACUCGUGUCCAAAUGCGUCCGCCUGGUAGAUAAGUGGACGAGUGCCGCAGUAGCAGCUUCGGGAAGAUUGAUGCGUAAACGCACUCCCGCUCUCACUCUCUCUCUCUCCCACUCUCUCGCUCUCUGUCUGCUCAUGAUGCUGUUCGUUCGCAACGAUGACGAUGGAGCACAGCCUCUCGUGGCAGAUGAUGUGGGGAACGGUUUAUUGGCCGGCUCGGCGUCCUCGUGACUGAUGGUUCCUUGUCGCUCCGCGGAAAUUAUCGGCCGAUUAUCUAAGCAGUCGAUUUUUUGAGGGGCCGUUUGGAAUACGGAAUAAAACAGAAUAAAUAACAUCGCGCGUCUGUUUCGCGGUCCAAAUUAAAAAAAAAAAAGAAAAAAAUAAAUAAAAAAAAAAAAAAUAUUAAAAAAAAAUAAUAACAACAAAACCGUGAAACGACGUAAAGAAGUCACAACAGGAUGUCGAAGAUGAAGAAGAAAAGCAGAGCUUGGCAAAGAGGAAGCCCGGCAUGUUUGAGGAUAAAAGUGUCAACUAUCAAAUGAUGAUGGUCUUGAUGAUUGAGCCCGAAUGAGGUGGAAGAAAAAAUUGAAAGUAAGAAAAAAAAAGGAAAGAAAGAGGAGGAUUUCCAAUCAAAGGUAAAUGAUGCUUCCUUCACAAUAACUGGAAUCUGCGACAACGAAGAGGGAAACAAUGAUGAUGUUUUUGUUGGUUAUGGGAGAGAUAAUGAGACGUACUAUUUUUUGGAUGAUGAACAAUUUUAAGAUUAACCACCUACGAUCAACUUUUCGAUUUAAAUUGCCAAUCCCAUCGUAUUCGAAAAUAGCCUCUCGCGGACGGGUCGUAACCCUGUAGAUGGCGCUAUGUCUGCACUUACGUUUCUCGAUCGGUAAGAGAAUAGACUUUCUAUUGCAGUUUCGGUUACGAUUCUUAACUUAAGGAUUCUGCUUCGUGAUCUUAGAGGUUAUUAUACUGACGGUAUUUUUCCAAGCUUUUUGGAUUUUACAAACGAAACUGUUAUAACUACUGAAGAAAGUCGAUAAGUUACAAACAAAUAUUUCCUACGCACCACCACCAUCACCGUCACUACGAAAUUUCUUCUUUGGGAUUUGAUUUUUGGCAAUAGAAAAUAAAAUAGACCAACCGCAGUCUCAUCUCGAUCUUCUUCCCCCGACGAGAACUUAGCCAUAGUACCGAUCAGUAUCUCCUCUACUUUUAUCCAGUUAUAAGCAACUCACUGAAUGGUCAUCAGAUUGGAUGUGCGAUCCUCUCGCCAAAAUAUAACCACCUCCACACAAACCAACACAUACCAACCAAAAAUAGGAGAGAAAAAGCGCCAAGAGCCAAAUACUCGUGUUCGAUGACGAUUCGUUAAGGUUGCGGUACUUAUAGUAAGUAAAUGUAUUAAACGUCUGAGACGAUUUUCUUUCGUCUACAUCAUUACUUGAAUCAAUAACAUUGUUCAUCUUAAACUAUUAGUGGUAGAUAAGAUUUUUAACUAGGAUUACGUAUAAAUCUAUAAUCGUUCGACAAUAUAACAUGCGACUUGACCUGAUCGUUUUUUCAAGUAAUUCAAAUGUUUACCUACUAGAAAACUUAGAAACACAGACAUUAUUUGUAAACGAAUCAUUUGAAACGAGUAAUUGGCUCCUUGUAAUCGAUGAAAACAAAAAUUAAGAGCUUUUUUUUUAAUUUUUGACGAAACCCCUUGAUCUUUACUCGACUAUUGCUCUUUUUUGAAGAUUAACAGAUGGGAAACAAAAAUGAUUGAACAAAAAUUCUACGUAAAGCAAUUAAAGCAACUGCACAUGUUUUGCAGUGUAAACAUAAAAUACGAGCAACGUUGCUAAAGUUCAAGGCGGUCGUCGAAAAUAAAAGCGUCAAGUUGUCAGUGAGGAAGAUUCGAUUUCUCAGAGUUUUCAGGACGGAUGCUACUUGCCUAUAGUACUUCUUUUGUUCAAUCGACUCUUUACUUAAUUGCUGGUAGCUAUUAAGAUCGCGUGCAACAAUAUUAUCAAAGACGCGAGGGACUGAAGACGAAUAAAAAGAAAAAAAAACUUAUCACGUUGUUUUAACUUUAGAAUGUUUCGAAGGAAUCAGCGAUCAUUGAAAGAAAAGAAAAAAAUAAGACCAAAAAUAGCGAAUCGCGAUCUUACCUCACGAAAGCCUAUACUUACGUUAUGACGGAUAGAGACUUAAUGAACCUCAAAACGUUGCGAACUUACUGUUGCAAAAAAGAAAAGAGAGGAAACAGAAAAAAUACUCCAGACUCUCGACCAACCCUUUCUAACGAAAAAGAUGAUGCGCUGCUGAAUUACCGAUCGUCCUCUCAUUAGCUAACGAAUAAAUGUAGAUGAUUUCAAUGGAAAAAAAAAAAACAAAUUCAAUAGUCGGGCUGAAUCAAAUUAAUAAA